CAUCGGUUCUAUCUGUCAUGCAAGUCAAAAGGAUAGUGAGGAGUCCAAUGUAAAGAAACUGGGCAGGCAGCUGACUUGUGAUAGCCUCCAUUUGUUCUGUUCCCGGCGCUGCAGAAGCUUCUUUUUUUUUUUUUUUUCUUUUUUUUUUUUUUUGUUGGAGCGUUUCAUUCUUAUGAAUUACACACAAAGCAGGAGGCGCCUCUCUACAUUUAGUUGUAGAAUCUGUGUUGAGAGGACGAUGCCUUUGAGGACCGGACUUUUUCUCCUGAUGGUGCUGAACGCAUCUGCAUAUGAACUGGAUCAAAACGAGUCUUAUUCGCCCAGGAGAACACGCUUUUCUGCCAAUAGCCCUUCAGAUGUGGCACGCUGUCUCAACAGUGCCCUCCAAGUUGGCUGCGGAGCCUUCGCCUGCCUGGAAAACUCAACUUGUGACACAGAUGGCAUGCAUGACAUCUGCAAGUCCUUCCUAUACAGUGCUGCUAAAUUUGACACUCAGGGUAAAGCGUUUGUGAAAGAGAGCCUUAAGUGCAUUGCCAAUGGCAUCACCUCCAAGGCAUUCCCCACCAUCCGCCGCUGCUCCACCUUCCAAAGAAUGAUAUCUGAAGUCCAAGAGGAGUGCUACAGCAAGCUGGAUAUCUGCACUGUGGCCCGAUCGAAUCCAGAUGCUAUUGGUGAAGUGGCACAGCUACCAAGUCACUUCCCGAAUAGGUUUUACGGUAAGCUGCUACAGAGCCUGAUGGACUGCGAUGAGGACACGGUGGACCGCGUUAGGACCAGCAUGGUGUCGCGGCUGGGCCCAGAGAUGACCAUGCUUAUUCAGCUGCUGCAGAACAAGCCCUGCCCAUCCACUGCUGUGGCUGCAGCUGCCGCCAUCCCAACUGGAGUGGAGGGCCGUGGGAGCUGGCGCUGGUCCAUGGGUCCCCAUAUGUACAAGAUCCAGCCUAAUCUGCGAAACAGAGACUCUGCCAGUCAUUUUGGCAAAAAGCGCUCUGCCAGUGACAGCUCCUAACUUCCACUCAGAUUCAGAAAAACUCCACACACUCCUCAAAAACAUCAUUAAAGCUCCUCUAUUCCCUAGGGGUGACAAAAUACAUUCCUCCGCUAGACUGGAAGUUACAGAAAUAUGCACCUCUAGGGAAUGCCGGAACGCCCAUAGAGUUGAUAUCAGAGUUUGAUUGUUGUUAUAUUGUAUAUCCUACACUUUAGGCUUGAGAGAAACCCCCCUUUCCAUCGACUGUCCGCUCACAGUUAGUGUUGAACAUGUGGCUCGUUGCAUCUGUGCAACACGGUCCAGCUCACUCCUCUUCACCUCCUCCAACAGAGAUGAAUCCUUAAGAUGUCUUUUGAUGCCACGCGAAAAAAAGAGGAAAAAAAAACGAAAAAAAAAAAAAAACAGCCAUAGUGGUUCAUGCCUCUAGAGCACAAGUUUAAAAAGAAAAGACUCAUAAUCUAGACAUUUGUUCAUGAAUAGAUAUCAGUAGUUUAUUGAUAGGGAAUUAUUGGUAGAUGUAUUUAAUAUUUUCAGCGAUGAGACCAGUCAAAUUGUGAGCAUGAGAUGUGGAGCUUCAUAUCUAUUUUCUGACACUAAUAUAACAGAUAAAUGUACUGUAGUUAUCUGAGACAGCCAUAGCUAGCCCUCUAAAAAAGAGAGCGCUUACACGGAGGGAGGUCUGCAGAGGUUUCAUGAUAACCUUUAAGAGGUUACCUUAAACUGACCAAAAAACUACAAACUGCCCUGAAUGCUAUCCAUGAGAUACCAAAAUAGUGUAUAGCUAUAGCACUUAUAAAUGUUCUUUGUUUCUUUCUGAUGGUCACGCGUUUCAAAUCGUCAUCCUGCACAUAAGGAUUGUCCAGGUCAUGGCCAAGUCUAACCAUCAGAAAAAAAAAGUCCAUUUUGCAUUUUUUUGUAUCCAGACACUUGUAAUGCAUAUGACUGUUGAGCUCCGCAGUAUAUGUGGGACCAUGUUUAGUGGAAUCUGUGUCCGUGUUCUUAAGGGAGCGUGAAGCAGCAGUGUAUGUGCAGUAGCUGAUUAGCGCGUUCACCGAUGAGACUGACAGCAGCCAUCAAUCUUGGACUGAUGAUCAUCAUUCUCUGAGGUGAAUAACGUGACAUACAUGCCGGCUUCCAGUGUCGAGAUAGAGAAUGACUAUUUAAAAAAAAAAAAGCCUUGUUGGAAUGAUAUUUAUUUUCCUACUAUAUUAUUUAAUGUUUUUUUUUUUUUUUAUUUGAAUGAAUUAUUGUAGUUUUAAUUAGUUUACAGAUUUAACAAGCAGUUCAGUCACGGCUCCUAUUUGAACAUGAGCUCUAUGCCAAAAAAAAAAAAAAAGAAAGAAAGAAACAGGUGAGCUGACACUCCGGUGACUGAAUGGGACCCAUGUCAUGACUCUGUGCUGGCCAUAGGGGAACAAGGUUGGUCAUUCAAGUCAGGUGAUCCACUUUAUGGGUGUUACAAGGGACCACAACAAAACGAUAGCUUCAUUUUGACACACGUUCUGGUUUAAACGAAAGGUUGUCAUUGUAGCUGCUAGAUGAUUCAGUGCUGGGUUCAUGCACAAUACAGAACACUGAUCAGGUAUGAUCACAGUAAAACAGACACCAGCAUCAAGGAUCCUUGUAGGGAGGUUAUUGGAUGGUUCUGUCCUCGUCUUUGGUGCUUUUCUUCACAUAGGCUGGAAUACAAAUACCUUUAGGGGGCUACAUAUAGAUAGAUUCUAAUUGUAGCUAAUCUCAGCAAUUAUCCUUGUUCCUUGCAUUUCUUUCCCUGUUAUUUUUUAAGUUUUAUACGAUAUUCGUUGAUUCUGAUAUACAGUCAGGAAAAAGAUAGGAAAGGUGACAUGCAUGCUUUCUUUAAAGCCCCUGGAAAUGUAGUAUUUUCUCACAACACUUGAUAUUGAUAACUAAAUCAGCAGCAGUACAGUUUAUGAUUGUAUCACCCACAAACUCAGUUAAUCUACUUUAUCAUAUGCCGAUGUGAUUUCAUAAGACAAAUAUGUCACAUGUGAAAUCACAUUUCUGCAAGUGAAAGUUUUUUUUCAUAUGUGGAAACCAAAAUGGUACAUUUCGUCAUUUUAAAAUGGGCUUCUUCACAUGCGUUUUCCAAACCAUAACAUAUUGUUGCAUGUCAUGUUAGUGAAAUAGUUAGUCUUGUUUCCAGCUCAUCAAAUACUGACACUUACCCGACCUGUAAUCCCAAAGCUUUAGUGUGGUUGUCUUGUGAAAACAAAACACGGCACAUGAGAUCGCUUGAUGGGCUCGUUUGCCUCUUGAAUUCCACAUUUUAACACAAAUUGUACAUGCAAAUUGGGUAUUUUCACAUGUGAACUGAAAUAUUAACAUGGCCUAAUCAAGUAAUCUUACCUGUGAAGAAAGUUUGGCGUUUUUUCACAUAUGAAUUUAAAUUUAAUUGUCAGAAAAACGUUUUGUCUUGUGACUGAUGUGUAUUCAUACGUGAUUGGCUUUUAUUCGAUUGUUUUAAAACCUGAUUGAUGCUGGAAAGUACAUGAUGUGCACAGACCCAACAGUAUAGAAGGAGAACUAUCAUGAUAAAAAUCCACAACUGUUAAAAGUUUAUCAGAAAAUAGUCAUACUCAUAGCUUGUAGUUGAAAAUAUGUUUUCCGGGCAUUUACUGGAAUGAUGUUUUCCAGGAUGACAGUACUCCGGCCCAGCAGGCACUCAGUAGGUUGAAGAGACCACACAGUGUCUUUCUUUGUUACGACAAAGAAAUUGAAGGGGGGGGCACAAAACUCGACAGACAAUGUUUUCAGACAAUGUCUAAGGUCCAGAAGUUUCAUACACUCGGUUGACUAUGGAUAAAGCAUUUUCUGCCUAGACUGCACAAGGAUUUAGCUACAAACAAGCAGCACAAGUCAAAGUGAGAAGGCUGCUGGUGUGCUGUUAGGAAGAGACAUUGUGCACGAACAUCAGUGUAACAAAAAGUAAAUUUUUUCUCUACAUUUUUUUCCAGAUAAGACCGCUUGUUGCAUGGCCUUCGGAGAUCGAGACAAUCAUUCAGAAUCAGUAGAUCAGUGCAGAGCCACAGUCACUGAGAACAGUCUUCAUGCUGGUGUUUGUUUUAUCUGUACCCGGGAGAUAGAUGGCAGUUCAAAGAGUUAAUCAGUGGCGUGAGUUAGAUUCUGUAUAUGUUUGUGCGCACUACAAAUGUAAUAUAGCGUUGACCUUGGAACCAGGGCUGGCUUCAGUUAACAAUAAAGCACUUUUGGCUCAGCAUCACGAUGGAUUACUGAGCAAAAAGCUUCUGCUUGCCUGAUUUUGACUGCCAUUAUAGUUUCAUAAAAGGAGCUGAACCCAGUCCUGUUUGAAAUAGAGUGAAUUUAUAUAUGGUCCUAUAUUGAUACGAGUGAAGCACAGACCAGAAAAAAAAACAGAUGUCAGUGUCAAUUUAACAGCUAUGUUAAGAAUUCCAAACUAUGCAAUAAUCUCACAUACAAAGGAUUCACAGCAACACAGAAAUUGACCUUUAUUUCAUUCAGUGCCAGCUGAUGCUGUGUGAAUAAAGCAGCAGCAUGUGUGCUCUCACACUGCACUCACAGUGUGAAGGCAUUGUUCCUCUGUAUUGCUUUCUGUUUCUGUGGUUUUUGUAAACUGACGUUUUCUUUUUGUUUCUGUGAAUAUAUGAUCAUUUCUUUUGUGUCAUUUGGUUCGAAAAAAGGACAGCAGUUCUGAAGGAAUCACUUGGGAAGUUAAGAGCUAGAGUCACACUGUAAUAUAUCCAAGCUUAUUAUUUUAUGUUAAAUAUGCACUUUGCAUCUUAACCACUAUAAAGGGCAUUGAAACAUUCAGCACAUGUGCAAUUGAGACAUGUUUUAUUUUCCCAGUGAAUGGACAUCAGUUUGAAUAUUUUGUAUCCUGAAGGGUCAGGGCUUCUUCAUAUGUCUGUAUCUUCAUUGUCCAUUGGUAAAUCCAAAACCCAACAGCUGCUGCUAAACUGUUACUUCCCCGUAUGAUGCUGUCCAGAUGCCCCCCUACUGUGGCCGCUCUGAUCUGUCAACACACACUGAGCUCAGCAUCAGUCCACAUUUACAUCGAAACAUUUUAAUGUCUAUCCAUGUCUUCAUAUUUAUUUUCUUGUGUCAAACAUAUUUGGCAUGGGCAAAUUGACUGUUUCCUCACCAAGUCAAAUGUAAUGGUAAUUUCAGAGAAUGUACCUGUAUACUGAAUGUCUGUUUUUCGACGAGGACAUGCCCAGGUUAGGUGAUCCAUGACGGCAAACAAAAGUGAGAAAACGUAUGAGUUCACUUACUUUCUGUUUUUGAUUCAAGUAUAGGGUGCUUAAGGUGGUACUGGAGCAUUAUUAAAUUGACCCCUGGUGAGUUUUGUGAAACUGUUCCUCCUGUCAACACUAGAGACUAAAGACUCCCUCACUUCUGGCACUUCAUGGUACUCUUUUCCUCUCAAGACUUGAAAUAGAUUGAUAAAUGUCGUGCUUAAACAAAAUCAAAAAAGCUUCAGUGACUUGUAAAGUUUAUUUUGUAUUCAUAUAUAAGUGACAGUUAUUUUACUAUCAGAUUAAAGAAAAAAGUUAUCAAGAAUUUAAGGAGAUUACUGAAGUUUCUGAUGCUAUGUAACGCAUGAUUGACCCUUGUAAAUCACUUGCACUUUAAAAUAUACCCAUAUACAUAUAUACCCAUACUGUGUAUAUGUUUGGGUUUUUCCUCUGUACUGAAAAGUCAUAAAAGAUACAAAUGCAUCAAUUGUGUGUCUUUUGCUGAUCAGAAAUAAAAUAUUUAUCAAGA